UUGUCCAUGUCUUCCCUUUAUAUACUCCUCUUCUCCUUCCUUUCCUUCUCACAACAGAAAAACAUUGCAACUCCAAAAUCGAGAAGCAUAAAAGCAUCACCAAAAUAUAUCCACUACCACCUCGAUCAAGAUGGCGCCCGGCGUAUUCAAGCGCUCUCUUUCAUUUCCUAACAAAAUUCCUAGCCGCACUCCAUCAAAACCACCCAUCUCUUACCACAAUAGAUCCAUCAGUCUUCCAUGCAGAUCACACCCCUUGAUUUCCCAGCUCAAAAAUGAGAUCGACGAGCUCAAAACUUGGUCAUCGAAGCUCGAAAGCCGAACUUCUGCUUGGCUUUGUGAUGGCUUAAGUCGUCUUAAGGACGUUCAAGAUUGUUUAGACGAUAUCCUUCAGCUACCCCAAACACAAGAAUCUCUUCGUCGACAGCCUACAUGGGCUGAGAAGAUUCUUGAAGACUUUCUUCGCUUCGUCGAUGUUUAUGGAAUCUUCCAAACAUUAGUUUUGUCAGUUAAAGACGAUCAACGUGCCGCCCAGGUGGCUAUAAGGAAGAAAGAUGACUCAAAGAUUGCUUUAUGCAUCAAGUCUCGCAAGAAAAUGGCUAAAGAAAUGGAUAAACUCGUUUCCACAGUUCGAUGCAUCGCACGAUGCCAAUUUCCGGGAUUGGAUUCAGGCCUCUCUGUUGCAGAUGCUGAGUUGGUUGGUGUUGUUAUAGAUGUUAUCGAAGUCAGCAUGUUGGUUUCGGUUGCGCUUUUUAAUGGAAUCUCAUUGUCAUUUAAGUCAAGAAAAUCGUCCUGGAUUGGACUGAGGUUGCCGAACAAGGAAAAGAAGAUUAAGAUUGGAGAAGGAAUCCAAGAAUUUCAAGAAAUUGGUGUUGAGAGGUUGUGGGGAUUGAGAAAGAAGGGAUAUGAAGAGGUGAGGAUGGUUUUGAAAAGGAUGCAAGACUUGGAGGAGUGUAUUGGUGAUAUUGAAACUAGUGGCCGAAGAGUGUUUAGGAGUUUGAUUAACACUAGGGUUUCAUUACUCAAUAGUCUCACGCAAUAGAGAGAGGAACAAAAUACAUCAUGCAAUUUAGUUUUUACUUUAUUUUCUCUUUUCUCCUGUUUCUUCAGUGAAAGCAAAUGAAAAUUGUCAAAAUUAGUGUCAGGAUUUGAAUAGAAAUGGAAUAGUACUGUACAGUCUUUAAUAUCACAUCCUGCUUUGUUCUUAGA